AUGACAGCUGUGACGCACUGCGCCUGCGCCAGGCCGAGCUCCGCCCUCCCGUCUCCAGGCAACGUGACGCGGGCGCCGGAAGUCAUGUGGCUCCUCAUGCGUCUUGGCACCCUCCUGGUCUGCCUGUCCUGGAUCCAGGCCUUGAGUGCACAAACCACAGGGCCAACUGCCAUCUCUGAGGUUGUGAAUCAGGUCAAGGUGCAAGUAAACAAGGCCUUCCUGGAGUCCCGGGGCAGACUAAAGAAGGCCCUCUACUCUGAGUCCCCAAGCCCAAAAUAUCUCUCAGAAUACCUCAAGCAUGCCCGAGGGCCCACACGCACAGCCAUCCGCUGUGGGCAGAUUUGGGAGGACACCUUCAAGAGACUGACGAAGAGAGCCAAGACCAACACCACAGUCCCCAGGCUGGACCUGAGCACGCUGUCGUGGGAGGUGGGCUGCGGCACACCUGUGUCUGCGGUGUCAUGUGACAAGGACAGUCCAUACCGCACCAUCACCGGCCACUGUAAUAACAGGGAGAACCCCAUGCUGGGCGCAGCCAACCGGGCGCUGGCGCGUUGGCUGCCCGCCGAAUACGAAGAUGGGCUCUCCCUUCCCUACGGGUGGACGCCGGGAAAGAAGCGGAACGGCUACCCGGUGCCGCCGGCGCGGAUGGUAUCCAAUCGUGUGGUCGGUUACUUGAACGAGGACAUCCUGGACAGCGGCAGGUCUCUGCUCUUCAUGCAGUGGGGCCAGGUCGUGGACCACGACCUGGACUUCGCCCCUGACACCGAGCUGGGAAGUAGUGAGUACUCCAAAGCGCAGUGUGACCAGCACUGCAUCCAGGAGAACAACUGCUUCCCCAUCAUGCUCUCAAGCAAUGACCCUAACGCAAAGAAGCACGGGAAAUGCAUGCCUUUCUUCCGAGCGGGGUUCGUCUGCCCUUCGCCACCCUACCAAUCACUACCAGUCCGGGAGCAGAUCAAUGCGUUGACCGCCUUUCUGGAUGCCAGCCUUGUGUAUGGGUCUGAUCCCAGCGUGGCCAGCCGCCUCCGCAACCUCAGCAGCCCCCUCGGCCUCCUGGCUGUCAACCAGGAGGUGUCAGACCGGGGCCUGGCCUAUCUGCCCUUUGACACCAGGAAGCCAAGUCCCUGUGAAUUCAUCAACACCACUGCCCGUGUGCCCUGCUUUCAGGCUGGAGAUUCCCGAUCCUCAGAGCAGACUCUACUGGCCACUAUCCACACCCUCUUGCUCCGAGAGCACAAUCGGCUGGCGAGGGAGCUAAGGAAACUCAAUCCUCUGUGGGAUGAAGAACGGCUCUACCAGGAGGCGCGGAGAAUCCUUGGAGCCUUCAUGCAGAUAAUCACAUUUAGGGACUACCUUCCCAUCUUGCUAGGCAAUGAGAUGCAGAAAUGGAUCCCUCCUUACAAUGGCUACAACCAGUCUGUGGAUCCUCGAAUUGCCAAUGUCUUCACUUUUGCUUUUCGCUUUGGCCACUUGGAGGUCCCCGCCACUGUGUCUCGCCUAGAUGAGAAAUAUCAGCCGUGGGGCCAGGAACCAGAGCUUCCCCUGCACACCCUCUUUUUCAACACCUGGAGAAUCAUCUAUGAUGGUGGAAUCGACCCUCUGGUUCGGGGUCUGCUGGCCAAGAAGUCCAAAUUGAUGGCUCAGCAUAAAUUGAUGACGAGUGAUCUACGCAACAAGCUUUUCCAGCCAACUCAUACGAUCCACGGCUUUGACCUGGCCGCCAUUAACAUACAGCGGGGCCGGGACCAUGGCAUGCCAGGUUACAACUCCUGGCGAAAAUUCUGUGGCCUCUCACAGCCAGAGACACUGGAGGAGCUAGGUGCUGUACUGAAGAACAAGAUACUGGCCAAGGAACUUUUGGACCUCUACAGGACUCCAGACAACAUUGACAUCUGGAUAGGGGGCAUCUCUGAGCCCCUGGUAGAAGGGGGUCGGGUGGGGCCUCUCUUGACCUGUAUCCUGGGGAAGCAAUUCCAACAGAUCCGAGAUGGAGACAGGUUCUGGUGGGAGAACCCUGAGGUUUUCACUCAGCAACAGCGUGAGUCUCUCUGGAAAGUGUCCUUCUCGCGCCUUGUCUGUGACAACACCGGAAUCACCGAGGUCCCCCUGCACCCAUUCCAGGCCAACAACUACCCGAAAGAUUUUGUGGACUGCUCUGCCAUUGAUCAGCUGGACCUCUCUCCCUGGGCCUCGGUGGGGAACUAG